GGGGUGGAGGAAAGCGCAAAGGGAAAAGCAAGAAGUGGAAGGAAAUCCUGAAGUUUCCUCACAUCAGCCAGUGUGAAGACCUCCGCAGGACUAUAGACAGAGAUUACUGCAGUCUAUGCGACAAGCAACCAAUUGGGAGACUGCUUUUUCGACAGUUCUGUGAAACCAGGCCUGGGCUGGAGUGCUACAUUCAGUUUCUGGACUUAGUGUUGGAAGACAUGAACGGUGCCAUUCAUAUUAGGGCAGAAUAUGAAGUUACUCCAGAUGAAAACCUUGGAGAGAAGGGGAAGGAAAUAAUAACCAAGUACCUCACUCCAAAGUCCCCAGUCUUCAUUGCCCAAGUUGGUCAGGACCUGGUCUCCCAGACAGAGGCGAAGCUCCUGCAGAGGCCCUGCAAGGAACUCUUCUCUGCUUGUGCUCAGUCUGUCCAUGACUACUUAAAGGGAGACCCCUUCCAUGAGUACCUGGACAGCAUGUAUUUCGACCGUUUUCUGCAGUGGAAAUGGUUAGAAAGGCAACCAGUGACCAAAAACACUUUCCGGCAAUACCGAGUGCUGGGCAAAGGGGGCUUUGGAGAGGUCUGUGCCUGCCAGGUUCGGGCCACAGGUAAAAUGUAUGCUUGCAAACGCUUAGAGAAGAAGAGGAUCAAAAAGAGGAAAGGAGAGUCCAUGGCACUCAAUGAGAAGCAGAUUCUUGAGAAGGUCAACAGCCAGUUUGUGGUCAACCUGGCCUAUGCCUAUGAGACCAAAGAUGCACUGUGCCUGGUCCUGACCAUCAUGAAUGGGGGUGACCUGAAGUUUCACAUCUACAACAUGGGGAACCCUGGCUUUGAAGAAGAGCGAGCCUUGUUUUAUGCAGCUGAGAUCCUCUGUGGCCUGGAAGACUUACACCGUGAGAACACUGUCUAUAGAGAUCUGAAACCAGAAAACAUCCUGCUGGAUGAUUAUGGACACAUUAGGAUCUCAGACUUGGGACUGGCCGUGAAGAUCCCUGAAGGAGACCUCAUCCGUGGCCGGGUGGGCACUGUUGGCUACAUGGCCCCAGAAGUCCUGAACAACCAGCGAUAUGGCCUGAGCCCUGACUAUUGGGGCCUGGGUUGUCUCAUCUAUGAGAUGAUUGAAGGCCAGUCACCAUUUCGAGGCCGCAAGGAGAAGGUUAAGCGGGAAGAGGUGGAUCGCCGGGUGCUGGAGACUGAGGAGGUUUACUCCUCCAAGUUCUCCGAAGAGGCCAAGUCCAUCUGCAACAUGCUGCUCACCAAAGACUCGAAGCAGAGGCUGGGUUGCCAGGAGGAAGGGGCUGCUGAGGUCAAGAGGCACCCAUUCUUCAGGAACAUGAACUUUAAGCGCCUGGAGGCUGGGAUGUUGGAUCCUCCCUUCGUUCCCGAUCCCCGGGCUGUGUACUGCAAAGAUGUGCUGGACAUCGAGCAAUUCUCCACUGUGAAAGGUGUCAACCUGGACCAUACUGACGAUGACUUCUACUCUAAGUUCUCCACAGGCUCUGUACCAAUCCCAUGGCAAAACGAGAUGAUAGAAACAGAAUGCUUUAAGGAGCUGAAUGUGUUUGGACCCAAUGGUACCCUCUCACCAGACCUGAACAGAAAUCAGCCUCCGGAACCUCCAAAGAAAGGGCUGUUUCACAGACUCUUCAGGCGUCAGCAUCAGAACAAUUCCAAGAGUUCACCCACUCCUAAGACCAGUUGUAACCACCGCAUAAAUUCAAACCACAUCAGUUCAAACUCCACUGGAAGCAGCUAGUUUCAGCUCUGGCCUUGAAGUCCAAGGUGGAACCAUCUUAGACCCUUCUACUUGGAAGCAGAACUUGUAGCUGAUGGAGCUUCCACUGUGGCUGGGUAGCCAGGAGAGCUUCCCUGGGAACUGGGUUAGGAUACUGUUCAUCCCAACAACAAGCCUCCAAGUUUCUCAAAGAAAUUUCCACUCAGGUCUGUUUUCCAAGGUGGCCCCAAGCUGGGGUGGACUAGAAUUUUCCUUGUUGAACAUUGCAAUAGAAACCCAAUGGGAUAUGACAGCUUAUAUGGAUUUUAAUAGCAUCCUAACUAGAACUGAAUUUUGUCUUUAUUAUUUUUAAAGGAAAGUUUUGUAAAUUUCUCUGUUGUCUCCGUUUACAUUUUGUAUAUUUGUAUUUAAAUGAAAGUCAGACUUUGAGGGUGUAUAUUUUCUGUGUAGCCACUGUUAAGCCAUGUGUUUUAAGACAUUUUAGAUGGGGGGGGGGUGUUACAAAAAAUGUGACUCUAGACUUCCAGAGCCUCAAAAGAGAAAAUGUUUUUAUUAAAUGUAGAAAAUGUUUCACCUUUUACCUUUAAAGACCGGAUUACAUCUCCCUAUAUCCAUCACUCUAACCUUUUCCUUAGUGUAGCUAUCACUCUCCUGUUGACUUGUAACAAUGUUAAUGAAAUGCCAAAAUGCACUUGGGACAUCCCUCCCCCAAACACUCUCUAUGGGGUGGGACAUCAUUGGUAAGAAUACGUCUGUGGGCAGGCAUUUGACACUGCAGCUUCUCUUGUCCUCCUGCUGUUGGGUGUCUGGCAUACAGUACAGGGAAUCCUAAGUCCACUGGGCUGCAGAUCUUGGCUGCUAAAGCCAGUGGUUUUCAAGAGGUUUCUUUUGUAUUGGGGAUUUCUACUCUAUAUUAUUUUUAGUAGUGUGUACUGAUGAUAAGGAUCAGUCAUGGAAACCCAAGUGUUCCCAACCAUGGGACUAUGGAGAAGUGUGAAUUGGGGGUCCAUCAUGAGCGACUACCUCCGUGCCUGUUUAGGCCUUGGCUGGUUAGUAAAGUGAUCACUAGGAAAUGACACCUUCAUGGGGCCCUGAAGAUUUGUUGGCUCAUGUAACAUGAAGGAAGUCAUCUUUCCAGGCAAAUGGGAUGCCUAAGAAAAAACUUGUACUAGUGGAGUGUAAAACAAUCUCAUUGUCACUUCUCAAGGAGAGCUGGGCAUCUCCAAGUCACAGGCAAGUCACUCCUGGAAGACUUGAUGGACUUACCUUUCCAGCCCUGGCAAGUUGUUGCCCAGCCCCUGAAAUCUGAGGAGGUGGCAAGGUACAGAUUUUCUCUCACCUCACCAGGACAGGGUGAGUAGCUAGUCUCAAUGCUCUCCUAGGAGAAUGAGGCCCUGAGUAUGAUUCUGCCUCAAAAUUUGUCUCAGCCACCAACUACUGGGGUUUCUUACAGGGUGAGCCAGGUGCUACCUGAAUCAGCUCCUGUUAAAAUGCAGAUUUCUGGGCCACACCCCAAGCCUAUUACUUGCUGAUCUCAUUUGUAGUACAGGCUGGUCUCAAAUUAAAGAUCCUCCUGCCUCAGCCUCCUGAGUGCUAAGAUUACAAGUGCAUACUACCAUGAAAUCUGCAUCUUUUCUAAGCUACUCAGACCCUUCUGAUGCCCCACAGUGUGAGAACCAUUUCCCAGGCCUGUGGAUAUGACCAUUCCAAAUGUGUUUUUCUGAGGGACCUGAUAACUUUGAGACUUGAGCCUAUCGGGAAGAGAAUCACAAUCAUGGCAAUCUUAUAUGUUUGACUCUAAGCUCUCCCAGGGCUCACUGCUAGAAAGGAGCCUGGCCUCUGGGACUAAUCAUCCUGAAGUCAGUUACCCACAAGAGAGGAAACAGCCAGCUCUAUGGUUCAUGGUUAACCUCAAGCCUGGCCCCCUGGCUGCUUCUAAACCUUUCUUGGGCUGAAUGUGAAGCAAAUGCAAACAACCAUAUUCAGGCUCUACUCAGUACUUCCAGAUCAUCAAGGUAUUGCUCAUGCUUCUUCCUCAAGGAAAAAAAAAAAAAAAAGAAUUGUCAUCCUUCUGGGAUGGUUACCAGCCCCAGCCACAUGCAACCCCUGCCUCCUUUUUACAGGUUUGUUUCUAUUUCCCUACCCAAAGCCAUUUAACCCUCGCCAAAUAGGUAACUAGGAAACAGUUUCUCCUUAGUCCUCAAAAUCAAGGCCAUGUUCAUUUGCAGCAGAGAAUCCCCAGGAAGCUAAACAGAACACACAGGUCUGGCUACCAUGUGUUCCAAUCACAAAGCCCUGAAAGACCUGUGCACUGAAAUGUGCCUGAGUGCCUAUGGGAGGUGGGGACAGUCUUUCAGUUUGUUUUGGCCUACUUAUGGCUUCCUAACAAGAAACAGUGCCUGAAAAGUGUUCCUCCUCCCUGACUGCGUCUUCCUCAUGCCCUUGUUUCUAUAGCUGCAUUUUUUAAAAGGUUUUUGUUUUUAAAUGAAAAUAAGCCCUCCUCCUUGUCCAGGAGAAAGUGUAUAUGGACAAUGAAUGUUGUGCAUGUGAACUCUUUGCAGAAGAACCUUUCUUGCUUCAAAUGUGGUAUGUUUCUCACCAGAUAUUCAUUCACCUGGAGUGAGAAGCUUCUCUGCUUUUGCUCUUUGGGAAAUAGGCCUCUGUCUGCAGUAGGUAGGGUGGUCUCUGCUAUAAUCAUUCUGACUUAAAAUUGCCUGUUACACCCUUUAUCAGGAGAGGUGGGGGAAUAUCACCCCCAGAAUGUCAAGAAUUCCUGAUCCCCACCUCCCAGGAAGAUGGUGUGUAUCCUCUACUCGUUUUUUAAUCCUGAACUACAAGGCUCCAAGUUCACUCACCUGCCUAGGGACAGGCAGCAGGAGGUCUGCCACUCAUACCCAAGCAGGUAGCCCCAGUGAUAUGCAUACCUGUCAGGCACUGGCCUAUGAUGUUUCUGAUCAGUUCAUAUGCAUGGGGACAUGUGCAUCUUCUUUGAAUUAGAGGCACAAGUAAAAUGGGAGUCUUCCUCAGAGCUGAGGCCAACCCCUGAGAAAGCCAAGGCUGGGAACUUUCCAUGCUUCUCCAAGAAACUUAGCCCCAGUAUUGAAAUAUAUUAUUUUCUUCUGGACCAAGUACUUUCUUGAAAGGCUGGCUCUACUUUCCAGCAAAUUAACUGAGCUACUAACCUCAACACAGAGCAGGCCAUGCAGCCCCCUGGCAUUCUAAGCCUUGGCAAAGGGGAUGGACAACUAAAGGUCCCAAGAGGAAAAGAAAAGGCUGAUCUCAACAACACUGGGGUCUUCUCUUGGUCUAUUGUGUGCUUGCUUUUCUGGUUGUAUCCUUAUCCACUCCCAAGUGUCUCCCAUCUUCAUAACCCAAUACUCUGAAAUAGGACCUUCUAACUUUGGUCUUACUAUGGAAAGGCAGUAUAAAGUCUCUUCCUCCAGACUACAGUUGGGAAGCCUCACCCUUUCUGUACCUGUUUGUACAACCAGUCACCCAGCUAGUGAAACUGACAGGUAUAUAGGCUGGAUCCUUCCUCUGGCCCAAACUGAAAAGUCUUGACUCAGGACAAUGAUUUAACACGUGACAAGCUAGGUCACCCUAGGAAAGGAAGAUGCUGGACAUUGAGCAUCUUUCCAGUUCAUCCACCUGCCAUUCCUAUAAUAGAUCAUAAGUAAAUGUCGUCCAUUAGAAGGGCAUUGUGGCUACUGGCAUCGUUAUAAUAAUAACUCUAGUAUCCAAAGGUUCCUUUUUUUCCCCAGGGAUAUUUUAGCAUUAAUGAAUGAACGUGGUUCCAUUUUGAAGGUUAUUCUUAAUGAUAACAGCUUCCGUUGUAUUGCUAUGAACCUCUCAUGUUCCAUUCACUAUGUCACAGUGCCACCAUGUCUAGCCACAACCACUGUUGUUUUAUAAAGACAAAUAAAUUCCUUAAUGAAUAUAA